GGGCGAAGUGACCAGGCGGCGGCGGCUCUGCCGAGGUGACUCUGUGCUAGGAGCCCUCGAUCGGUUUCCAGCGCCUCCUCGGCCUCGGCUCUUGCUCACGCUGCGCUCACGGAGUCCUCGAGCCCGCCGCUGCGCUAUGUGGGCGCCUCUCUGGGGCUGGCCGAGGCCGGAGCCGGCUCGCUCUGCUCGCGGGGAAGUGUGAAGAGAGUGGCGCAGGCGGGAGCCCGGCUGUUCGCGGCGCUCGCGGGCCAGCCGGGGCUCCAGGUGAGCUCAGGCUCUGCGCGCCCGGCACUCGGCGAGGCUGGCCAGCGCCCGCCUGGCUGGGUUGGAGGCUGAAUUACGUGCGUGGACCGCCGUUCCCUCUUCGCGGGAUCCUUGGCCACGAUAGCAGAUGCAUUUUGUAGGAGUAUUUUGAGGAUGAAUGUUUGCAAAUCAUUUUGAAAUUGCCAAGUGCCACAUACAUGGGGUGUAUUUUGCUUUCAUCGUGGAGUUCACCGCUGUGGCUUGGAUUUAUCACAGUAGCAUCUGUCUUCAGUCUAUUUUUUAACUAGAAAGCAAGGAAAGACAUGAGGAGGUUUGUUUACUGCAAGGUGGUUCUGGCCACUUCACUGAUGUGGGUUCUGGUUGAUGUCUUCUUACUCCUGUACUUCAGUGAAUGUAACAAAUGUGAUGACAAGAAGGAGAGAUCCCUGCUACCUGCUCUCAGGGCUGUUAUUUCAAGAAACCAAGAAGGGCCAGGAGAAAUGGGGAAGGCUGUGCUGAUUCCUAAAGAUGACCAGGAGAAGAUGAAAGAACUGUUUAAAAUCAAUCAGUUUAACCUUAUGGCCAGUGAUCUGAUUGCCCUUAACAGAAGUCUGCCAGAUGUAAGAUUAGAAGGAUGCAAGACAAAGGUCUACCCUGAUGAACUUCCAAACACGAGUGUAGUCAUUGUGUUUCAUAACGAAGCUUGGAGCACUCUCCUCCGAACUGUUUACAGUGUUAUUAAUCGUUCCCCACACUAUUUACUUUCUGAGGUCAUCUUGGUUGAUGAUGCCAGUGAAAGAGAUUUUCUCAAGUUGACAUUAGAAAAUUAUGUGAAAAAUUUAGAUGUGCCAGUAAAAAUUAUCAGAAUGGAAGAGCGCUCUGGGUUAAUACGCGCCCGUCUCCGAGGAGCAGCUGCUUCAAAAGGGCAGGUCAUAACCUUUCUUGAUGCACACUGUGAAUGUACUUUUGGAUGGCUGGAGCCCUUGCUGGCCAGAAUAAAAGAAGACAGGAAAACAGUUGUGUGCCCCAUCAUUGAUGUGAUUAGCGAUGAUACGUUUGAAUAUAUGGCUGGGUCAGACAUGACCUAUGGGGGUUUCAACUGGAAACUGAAUUUUCGUUGGUAUCCUGUCCCCCAAAGAGAAAUGGAUAGGAGGAAAGGAGACAGAACAUUACCUGUCAGGACCCCUACUAUGGCUGGUGGCCUAUUUUCUAUUGACAGAAACUACUUUGAAGAGAUAGGAACUUACGAUGCAGGAAUGGAUAUCUGGGGUGGAGAGAAUCUUGAAAUGUCUUUUAGGAUCUGGCAAUGUGGAGGCUCAUUGGAGAUUGUGACUUGCUCCCAUGUGGGUCAUGUUUUUCGGAAGGCUACUCCAUACACUUUUCCUGGUGGCACUGGUCAUGUCAUUAACAAGAACAACAGGAGACUGGCAGAAGUCUGGAUGGAUGAAUUUAAAGAUUUCUUCUACAUCAUAUCCCCAGGUGUUGUCAAAGUGGAUUACGGAGACGUGUCAGUCAGAAAGACACUAAGAGAAAAUCUGAAGUGUAAGCCCUUUUCUUGGUACCUUGAGAACAUCUAUCCGGACUCCCAGAUCCCAAGGCGUUAUUACUCACUUGGUGAGAUAAGAAAUGUUGAGACUAAUCAAUGUUUAGACAACAUGGGCCGCAAGGAAAAUGAAAAAGUGGGCAUAUUCAACUGUCACGGUAUGGGAGGAAAUCAGGUGUUUUCUUACACCGCUGACAAAGAAAUACGAACCGAUGACUUGUGCUUGGAUGUUUCUAGACUCAAUGGACCGGUAAUCAUGUUAAAAUGCCACCAUAUGAGAGGAAAUCAGUUAUGGGAAUAUGAUGCUGAGACCCAAACUCUUCUUCACAUAAACACCCAGUCCUGUCUCUCAGUAAGCAAAGUGGCUGAGGGCUCCCAGCAGCCCACUGCGGAAGUGUGCAACAGCAGCACUUUGCAGAAAUGGCUACUGAGAAACUACACAAGAGUGGAAGUUUUUAGAAAUAUUUUUGAGAAUCCUACUGAUUACAUUCUCUAAUAAUUUGUAGAGAGACUCACCUUGAGACAUGUUAACAGCAACCAAUGUCUGGAUGAACCUUCUGAAGAAGACAAAAUGGUACCUACCAUGCAGGACUGUAGCGGAAGCAGAUCCCAACAGUGGCUGCUGAGAAACAUGACUUUGGGAGUGUGAAUACCGUUUCCCCCAAGCCAUCAAAGUGUCUACACUUUUGUUUUUCCAUUAUUUCAAUUAAGGAAAAAUAUUAACUUUGCUGAAUUGAAAGUUUUAAAAUCCUUUUAGUAUUCUAAAACACAGUUGUUUAUAAUUCAUUUUUAGGAACGUUUGCUUAUUUCCUUACAAGAAUUUGUAUCUGAUCAAAAGCACAUAAAAUAUAAAUAACAGCAAAGUGUUAUUAAACAUCUGAAAAACUUAAAAAACAAAACAAAGUGUUUGCUUUAAAAAACAAUCUGUAUUGUCCUUAUGUCAACAGGAUUGUUGGGGAGGGGUAUUUUUAUUUUUUAUUUUCAUAGUGAUUGAAAGAGAGACAAUGUAAAUGCCUUAUAAAAUGUCUUCAUUAUGAAAAAGUAUCAUUUUAUAAUCUCACUCUGCUUCUGCUGGACCUUUCUGCCAACAUGUUGAGUAUCCAUGUGGACAGCAGGUCACACAUUGAAUUAUCUCGGAACAAUGAAUUCAUCACACAAAAUUAGUUCCAAGUUUUGCACCAGAAAAAAUUAAACUGGAUGUUGAUUUACAGAGUUCUAAAAGCAUCACAUUUAAACAAACAAAAAAAGAGGUGGGGAAUUUGAAGGGCAUGAAAUCAAAAGAAACAAGCAGGCGUUGAGGGGAGCAAGAUGACUGGAGCCAAACUGCAGCGACUGAAUCCUUUUAAAGACUCUGUUCAGGUCGCAAGUGGUCCUAAUGCAGGUCGAGUGUUUAACAAUCAUAUUGGUUCCAGAGUUGAUGUCAAUCAUACUGGUUCCAGUGUUGAUGUCAGAAAAUCAAUCCUUAAGCACCAUCUUUGUCUUAUACAGCCCCUGUUCUCUUCACUCUAGACUGUGACUCAUCACUUAUGCUGUACAGCAUUGUAGGCAAAGGGUGGAGGGUAUAAGCUCUGACUUUUAAUGAUCCUGCAUUUAAAGCAUUUAGUUAGGUAGCUAUUAAUAUUUUAUUUUACAUAUUGAAAAUAAUGCAUUGCUAUCAGACUUUUAUUGCUAUGCUAGAAUAGCUAACGUUUUCAUCAUCAGAGGAAUGAACUCAAUACAUAUCCAUGAAUAAACUGCUCAAUAUCAUUUGCCAUAAACUAUGGCUCGAGGAACACAGUCAUAAUUAGGCUAGCUUCGCAUGUUCUUUCUCCAUCCUAAAACUCUUUGUGUUCAAAAUACAUGAGCAGAAGACACAUAAAGGAAGAAAAGUUUAUCAGUGGGAAUUGAGCUAAUAACUUAGUAUUUCAUACCAUUUACAAUGCCUUUAAAUUCACUCUACACAUGUAUUUUAUUCAUUAAUAAAUAAAUUUAGCAACUAAGAGAAAUCUAGGGGAAGCAAUGCAAGAAGCGUCAUGUAAAGUAGAUGCCAUGUCUUUGACUCUCAUUUUUUCUUAAAAAGCUCUGACUGCUUUCUUAAAAACGAACUCCUCUCUCUCUCUCUCUCUCUCUCUCUCUCUCUCUCUCACACACACACACACACACACACAUACACACACACUGCUUUAUAAUGAAAAGGAAAGCCAGUAGAAUCUUGUAUGAUUUUCCCUGCUAGCAUUACUUCCUUUUUGGCUUUAUACUGGUAAAACUCAAAGAAAGAAUUCUACAACCUGGAGCAUUUCAGGUUCACUUCUUAAAGUGUAGACAUGCCUCACUUUGAGGUCUUUAGGUAUCCCUGAAUGCCUUAGAAUUGUAAGCAGAAGUUUGUGAAAGGCAUUUGUUUUAAGUAGAGAAUCCACUGUUUACAGCAAAAUUAUAAAGGAAGCUGUGACAUCCAAGAGCUAGCAAACCACUGCCUUAAAUUGAUAGUGGACUCACAAGUCAACCAAGGACUCUCCUUUUCUCCCCUUUUCUUCUUGUCCUGGCUAAAUUAUGGGAAAAUAUCCCUGCACAUUUGUUCUUAAUCUUUAAAAGCUGAAACACACAAGAACUUUAAUACAGUCUGUUUCAGGAAUGACAACACUACAGGCACAAUCACACACACACAUUUCUGAGCAUUUAUUCCACUGUGGCUGACGAGCAAGUUUCUGUCCUACGUUUUUGUUCCCUUUGCUCCACAGAGCUCUCCCACUCCCUUUCUUUAGGUCUUUACUCAAAUUUUAUCUCAUCGGGUAGGCAAACCUUCCCCUCCUGCCCUCGUUAUGCCCUGUACAUUCUCUGACAAAGUGUAAACUUGCUUCUUUAUUUUUUGUCUGUCCUCCCGUGUCCCCACCCCCAACACCACCAUCACACACUGGGGAAUGCAGGCCCCACAGGAGGCGGGACUUUAUCAGUGUUUUUCACUGAAUUACCUUCAGUAUCGAGUAGAGUCAUUGGCACAUAGUAAGUUUUCUUCAAUUAUUUUUGAUUUAACUAAAAAAAUGUGUGUUAAAGUUGCUAAGCGAUACUGUAUCAUACCUUUUUUGCACAAUAUUUUAAAUUUUAAAAUAAAGUCUAGUAAUAUAUUUAGACAGGAUGUACAUAACUAUCUCCAAAUGAUAAUUUUCUUCCUCAUGCUCUUCAAAUGAAAGUAUGGGCUGUAGUUCCUUCUCUAUGAUAAAAUAUCCUUCCUUAUGGAAAUGAAACACAACAUUUUAUAAACAUGCUGCUACAUUACCUAAGUUGCUUCAUUAAGAUAAAAAGUAAUUUUUAGGUUUUGGUUGUAUUUAAUGACCAUCUAAUGGCAUAAAUAAGAUUUUUACUAUUAGAGGGGAGAUGUGUCAUUUUAUGAAAAAUCACAUGUAUUUUUGUGGUUUCACAGGAGCCAUCACAAAAUUUAUUUUCUAAGUGCAAAUCUAUGAACAACUGUAGAAACUUAAGAAGAACCUACAGGUGAUUUAUUCUCAGUUUCUCUGUUUAUAGGGAAUAAGACUGGGACCCAGAUGUGUAUUUAGGCUUGUCCAAAGGUCGUAAAGCUGUCAGCUCUGAUGUUAGGACUCAUCAUUGUUAAUACUAUAGCCUAAUACCAUCUUCAACUGCAAAGCACUCAAAAACGUAAUAGAAAAGGCACAAUCAUGAAAGUAAUGUCUUUAUUAAGCAUUUUGUAAUAAGUACAUUGAGUCUUUAGAAACAUUAACUUCUCUUUACAGAUAAUUAACUUUGGAAAUUUAACUUCUCAGUACCUUUCAUACAUAAAUAGUUAUUUCUAUAAAAUACUACCACAGGCAAUAAAUAAAGACCUGCAGCAAAAAUAAAGAAACUAACAGGAAACAGCCCUAUUACACAACACUGUGGCAUUAUUGGAAAACUGUUCUGGAGAAGCAAAGCCAUUUUAGCAGUAAACAAAGAGCAUACUCUCCCCUCACUUCCAUUUGCUUAUGAUUGUUAAAAGUAAAAUUGGCUCACAGCUUACACUGAGAAUUGGAUUGUCUGUUAUCGUGAACACUGUGUAGGUUCUAGGUUAUUCAGCUUAAAAGGCUGCUGGGUAAUCAGCAGAGAUUUCUACACUGCCCAGUGGAACUCUGCGACUCUCACACACACAGCCCAUGAAUUCAAUUUUUCCUUGGUGCUUAGAAAAACUUAAUAAACGGGGGUUGGGGGAGGUGAAGAGAAGAGAGAGAGGGGUGGGGAGAGAAAUAUAACAACAGGAAUGAUGACCCUUUUUUAUUUUUAUUUGGUGAGAGAUUGAGAGCAUAGUACAAAUUAGUUCAAAUAACCUCAAAAGAUUGGUAUCACCCACGCUGUUUCAUCACUUGAGAAUUGAUGAUAUUACCUGAUCACAACCAUGUCACUUGCAUCUCAUUUACAGAUGCUACAUCUAGUACCAGAGGAAGCCAAACUUGUAUGCUUUCUUAACUUAGCAAGUAUGCUAACUUAACAAAUAGAAAGAAUUUAAGAAAUGCGAAACCUUAAAGUAUAUGUCAUCAUCCACAAGCUGUCUUUCUGCAUAGCUGAUAUCUUCAGAUCUUGAGUAAAUUUCCAAUUCAGAUGGGGAGCAGAAAUUCAAUUAUGUCUUAAGGCAGCUUGUGUUUCAGGAUUUAGCUGCUACCCACAAUUUUUCUCCAGUAUGUCAACAUAGGGAAUAGAGGAAGGGAAUCUCUUCUGUAGAGCACAUGAGCAUAUCUGGUGUGACUACAUCAUGUUCAAACUGCUAUUAAAUAUAAUCUAUUGUGUGGAUUUAAGGUGUUGAAUGAACACCAGCAAUGUGUUUUAAAUAGUUUGUGUAAAUCUGUGUCCAACUUUUGCUUCAUAUUGUUCAAUAAAUUCUAAAGGCAG